AUGAUGAAGAACAUGCUCGAUCUGUGCAUCGGUGUACUGGCCUUCUUCCUAUUCGGGUACUACAUCGCCUAUCACGACACGCACAGCCUGAGCGGUCUGGCAGAUGCUGGAACCGAUCUCGCUCACUUUUUCUGCACGUUCUCCUAUGCUACUACUGCCGCGACCAUCAACAGUGGCGCACUGGCAGGGCGAGUUGCGUUCUUCCCCUACUUGGUCUUGUCAACCGUUAUGACGGGACUGCUUUAUCCGAUUUGUGCCUACCUCGCCUGGGGCAAUGGCUGGCUGCAAGAGCUCGGAUUCGUGGACUUCGCGGGCUCAGUGGUGGUGCACCAGGUAGGCGCCGUCUCGGCACUCGUUUCCACCUGCUUCCUGGGACCUCGCAUUGGCCGAUUCCCCACGUACCGCACAUGGAAACGGCCAUGGAGUUUCUUCUUCCUAGAGAAGCGCCGCGAUGAGUACUACAGGGAGCCGGAGGAGCCAGUUGAGAAGAAGGUCUUCAUUCCUUUCCGGAAAUGCCGACAUCCAGUCCAGCUGCUUUUCGGCACGUUCCUCCUGUUGGUCGGAUUUCUAGCCUUCAAUCCAGCCUCCACGUUCAAGACGACGCUUGGGCAGGACCUCGUCGUGGCCCAUGCGUCUGCGACCACGCUGCUCGCUGCCGCGGGGGGCGGCGUCGGAGGCAUGGUCUUCUCUAUGCUGUACACUCGCUCGACCGUUGUUCGUGUGCCGGAGCUCACGAAUGCCGUCAUCGCAGGCCUGGUCGCCAGCUGCGCGCCGGCCGCCGUCAUGCCGCUCAGUGUGUCGCCGGUGGUAGGAUUUAUCGCAGCUAUUCUGUCACUCGUGUUUGAGGAAGUUUUGGCCCAUUUUCAGAUCGACGAUGCCGUCGGGGCUGUUGCGGCUCAUGGACCAAGUGGAGCUUGGGGAGCCAUAGCUGUUGCAUUGUUUGCCCAGAAAAACUGCGUGAACCCGGACGUCGCCGGGAUUUUUUUCGGCGGCGGGGAGGCCGGGUGGACUUUGUUGGGAAAUCAGUUUAUCGGCAUGUUUCUUCUUUCAGGGAUCUCCGUGGGCAUUACCUACAUCUCCGUGCUGCUUAUAGAAUUGAUCUCCGGCUUUCGGUGCACCCGAGCCUGUGAGCUGAUCGGACUGGACCUCUGGGAGCACCAGUUCGACGAUGGCAGCGUUCAAACAAACAAGCACAAGGCGCAGCUUCUCGAUCGCGCGACCUCCAGUGCAAACCUUGACGAGAAGAAAGGCAUCUGGGGAAGCUUUAUUGAGGCCAUGGAGGGCCGCCAAGCGCGUCGGGCAAGCCUGACGCCAGACGCGAGCCCAGUCAAAGUCUUGGAGACCAGCGGUCCACCGGAUGUCGCGGAGAAGUCGCUGCAGGCUGACGUCAGCGAUCUCAAGAAGACGGUCGAAAAGCUGCAGGCACAGAUUGCGCUCCUGACUCUCGCCAAGGUGCGGGAGCAAGAGGAAGCCGCCAAGGGCAGGCAAGACAUUUUUGGGGAGCGACAGACCAGUGAUCAGGCGUCGAUGGAGGAGCUCAGAACACGCAUGUGA